CUGUUUGUGUCGAGGUGGGGUGACUGAACUACAAAUCUUGUCAGCCCGAGCGCGUUUCACAUGCGCAAGUCGCGUCAUUAUAUACAAGGACCUAUUGGGCGACUUUUGCGAUGUAGGUGCUUUUGAGAGAGAUUUGGAAGCGGUGAAAUAAGGAGUGGUGAGCUGCCUCUUUUUUUGUUUAUUUGAUAUAAGAAGACAACAACCUCUCGCUUGGCGCUGAGUGACUAUGAGUGGGCCAGUGGUUUCUGCGGGAACUGAUAACUUGAUGGCCCGGAUCGGGGAGGGCGAGCGGAGUCAGAGUUCAGGUGGACAGCCGCUGAAGCUGGCACAUCGGUCACCAACCGUUGGCCCUGGCGUCGUGCCGGGGAUGCAGGCCGAUCCGAGCCGUGACAGCAGAGGGCGAGCGCCGCUCGAGUGCGCGAGUGACGCCGAAACUGAGCUUGUCGUCCCAGCGCAAGGAGGCGGUGGCAGCGGCGGAGGAGGAGGAACUCCAGCCGUGGUAGGAGGAGGAGGAGGGGGAGGAGGCAGCAGCGGAGGAGGUGGUGGCAAGAGGAGACACCGGAGGCGACCGUCCAAGAAGAAGCGUCGCUGGAAGCCCUACUUCAAGCUAUCUUGGGAGGAGAAGAAACAGCUGGAUGAGAGAGAGAGCGUACGGGCGGCCAAGACCCGGGCCGAGAUGUUCGCGAAAGGUUUCACCGUGGCUCCUUACAACACCACCCAGUUCCUCAUGGAGGAACACAACCAGGAGGAGCCCGACCUCAACACCGGUGUCUGCCCUAAACGUGUCAACAAGUCGGAUGAGACGAGCGAGGAGGAAGAGCUGGAAGAGGAGGAUCAGGACAGCGGCAGUGAUGGCAUGGGAGGCAACGGCAGCGAAUUCCUGCAGAGAGACUUCUCCGAAACUUACGAGAAGUAUCACGCAGAGAGCCUGCAGAACAUGACCAAGCAGGAGCUGAUUCGGGAAUACCUGGAGCUGGAGAAGUGUCUGUCCAGGCUGGAGGAUGAGAACAACCGGCUGCGGUGUCGCUUGGAAGGGAAGAAACUGGCCCGGGAUAACGAGGUGAUGGAAAACAAGAUCAGAGAACUGGAAGGAGAGAUUGAGAGACUGAGAGCCGAAAACCUCGAGCUCCAGGAAGAAAAUGAACAGUAUAAACGGAAAAAUAGACUGUCGGAAAAUAAUUAAAAGGUGAACUGGGAUUACAAAAGUAUAAAAAUAAAAACUUUUUUAGUCGCUACAGAUUCUAUAUUUUAGAAUAUCUGUUGUAUAUUUGAAACGACAGAUCGGUUUAUUUCGAUGUUUGGAUUGAGAUAACUUCUUUCUCCAUUUUUCAAUUUCUUGCAUCUGCCUUUGCAGAGAGUUGGAAAUAACUAACGCGGUCGAUACAACACAUUGAACAAAACUAUAGUCAAGUAGCGUGUAUUGACUGCACUCUUAAAUAAAAAGGUUUAAUUUUGUGUAUAUGUUGCUUAUUUUACCAGCAUAUUGAGUUGCUUUCUUUCAGCUUAUUGUAAAUAUGAUGUUUAGAAGUGUUGCCAAAUUAGUUUAAAGGGAGUCCAGUCCAAACUAUAAAAUUGUGGUUUUUGUCAUGCAUGGGUUUUCAAGAACUGUUUAAACUAGUGGCAAAUAAACUCUCUUACAGGUCAGACUUUUGAUUCUAAUCCCGUUUAAAGUUCCUUUGUGCAAACCAUCCAGCAUAUAAUUUUGUUUUACUGAUUCAUCUUUUCUCAACCUGUUCAUAAAUUGUGGGUAUUAUCCAGAAUAAACCAAACUUGUAAUAAUCUAUGUAACUAUUAUUUUAAAUUUCAGUUAAUAAAUUCUGGCAACAACAUGUUAACUAUACUUUCCAAGGAAUAAAAGUUUAAAAGGAAAUGUAUUUUCAAGUGUGAGUAUAGGCAUAGUAAGGAAAAUAUGUUUGGUUAAUUAGUUGUAAUUCAAAGGGAAACUAAUUUGAAUAAACUGACUAUCAAGAGCAUACAGUA